UCACUGCGCCAUGGCGGCGGCGCGCGCGGCGCUGUGCGUGGCCGGGGCCGCGCUGUCCCUGUACGCGCUGCACGUGGAGCGCGCGCAUGCGCAGGACCCCUCGUACCGAGCGGCCUGCGACCUGCGGGAGGGCGUGUCCUGCAGUCACGUGUUCGGGUCGCGGUGGGGGCGGGGCCUGGGGCUGGUGGAGCCUCUGCUGGGCAAGGACAGUGUCAUCAACCUGCCCAAUGGGGCCUUGGGGCUCCUGUUCUACGGCCUGCAAGGGAUUCUGGGUCCCAUCCGCGGCCGCGCGGCCUCAGUUCUGCUCUUGGCCUCAUCAUUGGCCUCAGCUCUGGCCUCGCUCUGGCUGGCGGCCAUCUUGGCUUUCAUCCUCCAUGACCUUUGCCUUGUGUGCCUGACCUCCUAUGGGGUCAACCUGCUGCUGCUGAGGCUGAACCUGCGGCGAUGGAGGAGACCCAAAACUGACUGAAUUCAACCCAAAA